AUUUAUCAGUCAAAUGAACUGGUUCUUGACAUGUGUACGGAAUAAUAUAUGAUUUUUGGCGCAUCCUUUGCGAAGUGCAACUUAGACUGCACUGCAAAAUCAACAAUCAAUAAGUGAUUCAAAGGUAGCACCAUAUAGGGCAUAGUAGUUUAAGUUUAAGUAGGUUCUUAAAUUGAAUAAAUAUUUACUAUUACAUACUUACUUUAUGAAUUUAAAUAUUUAAUAUUGAUAAAGUAAGUAAGUAAUUUAAUAUAAUAAAUAGCCAGACUAUCAGACUCAUGUACUAUAAAUAUAAAUAAUUUAAUUUAAUAAUGAUUAAUUAAUAUUAAAUUUAGUAGUGUAGACUACUGACUAGCUGUAGUACUAUAGUAGCCUUGCCUAUAAUGCCUAUAUUCAGUAGUAUGAUUAAAUAUUAAUAUAGGCUGCUGAAGUCCAUAGGGGUAAAUAAAUAAUUAUAUCAUUUUAAAUUUUAAGGCUUAAUAAGGCAUUUAAAUGUUAUGUCAUGUAAGGAGUCAUCUGUCUGAGUCUGAGUGUCUCUCAAUACUCUCACUCUCAUAAAAUAUGAUGUCUUUCUAUUUCGUCAGUUCCACCCCACCCCCGCAGGACUUAUUAGACAUGACAGACUUUCUUCAUUACCUCGAAGUUUUGUUUAUGCUACUAUUACUAUAUAUUAAUAGUCUGAAGCAAGCACUUUGUCUUAUCUUAUAUGUCUUUUUGAAAAAUGAAAAUAUUCGAAUAUGACACAGACACAAUGAUCUGAUUCUGAUUGAUCCAGCAUAUAAUUCCAGGGUUAGCCCCUCACUUAGCAUUGAACUUUAAGAAACUCCCCCCUUCCCUCUUUUCAACUUUCAUUCUUUUUUUUUUAAAAUUAGAUUUACCCUUACUCUCAAUUGGGGGUUUCAAGAGUAAAAGUAAAACAAUCCUUUAUGGCUUUACACCUUUCAAAAUUCCUAAAACCAGAUAUGGGUAAACCGUAAAGGCUGGAAUGGAGGAUAUACUAGUAUACUAGAUAGAAUAUUUAUAUAAAUUUUUUAAAAUUAUUAAUUAUAUUUUUAUUACACUAAUUUUAGUGUAUAUAAUCUUAUAAAUAUAUGUAUUCAAAUAUGCACAAAUUGUGGUACAUGUACAAGUUAAUCAAUUCAAUCCAAUUUUACAAGCCUCCUAGUUCGUGGAGAACUGUAAAUUUUGAUUACUUGAAAUCUUAAAUAUUCAUUUAUUAAAAACAUCUUCUCAUUUUUUAUAGGUAAUAGGUAGGCUAUUUAUAAUUAUUUUAUUUUAUAUCAUUUUUAACAUUGCAAAAUUUUUGUUUAAGCUAUGGCGCUCAUUCGACAUUCUUCAACAUUAUGCUUGCCAUGGAAGUUGUUAGCAGUAGAAUUCAAGUCUAUUCAUUUGUCCACUAGACUCAAUAAAAAGUAUGAUUAUGAUCUUGAUAGCUUAAUUCAAUUUAAGAAGGAAACAACCCUUGUUUUUGGGGCAGAGCGUAAACUAACAAAAACGGGAAAGCUGAGAAAGAAAAAAGUAGACUCCAAGAUUAAUGACUAUUUACAAGUACUGAGUGCUUAUUCGACCCAAGAUUUGAAUGAUUUCCAAACAAAUCAAAAUUUGGACAUUGAAUUUGAUGGUGUUGAGAAUUAUCAAGAGGGUCAAGAUCAGCUAUUAGAGCUUACCACUAAUAAAUCUUCACCAGUUACAAGGAAUAGUAAAUCUAAAUUCAAAACAAAAAGGACAACAAAUUUACUCAAGUGUGCAUCUGAAGAUUUUGAAAAUAAGGACAAAUCAGAUAUAGAGUGUACAACUGAAGAAAUUCCUAUUCCUAAAAUUUCUGCUGUGCCAUUAUCACAGACAUAUGUAAAGAAAUUACAGGAGAAGCGACAGAAAAAAGUUGUAAAUAAUUUCGAAGAAUUUGAUGCAAACAGUUUGCAAAAGUCUUCAGAUAUUCAUUUCACCAAAGCAGAAUCCGAAUUGCAGUUGAACUCCUCAAUAGAAAGCAGCAAUGAUUUAUCAAUAAACAACCAGUCAGAAAAAACGAUGUCUUUUGACACAAAAACAUUAAAUGAUGAAAUUUUAAUUCCUAAAAUGGCUCCAAUUCCUGAUGAGAAAACACAUUUUCCAGUUUCAGAGCCAUUUAAAAUUGCUGUAUCCCAAUCACAGACUCACCAUUUGAAAUCAUUCAUAAAUCUUCCAAUUGAACCCCCAAGCUCUUUUGAUGUCAUAUUGAAGGUGCCUUUGUUUUCUAAUGAAAGUACAAGCUGGCAAACAAAUUUAGAUUUUCAUGAGUUUCAAAAAGACAUAGAACAGAUGGAAUUAAGAACCUCACCCUCAGUAAAAACUAUUCUCAGUAAAACUAUGCCUGAAACAAAUAGGUUUUUUCUCAAUCGCUGGCGUGAGAAUAUGAUCAAAGAACUUGGUGACGAAGGAUUUAAAAAACAUCAAGAUGGUAAGAACUUUUAACAACCUUGUCACUGAGUUACAAUUUCAGUCCUGUUCAAGCCAUUGAUUUUAACUAAAAUCACAAUUUAUUAUAAUGUCUCACCUGACCAAAGUCAGAAUGAUGAAAAAUACUCUAUAGCUUAGAAAAGGAAAAAGAAAUGGUAUUAUUUAACAAUUGCCAAAGUUAAAAUUUGUACUUGGAAUAAUAUUUCAUCAUCUUCUAUUUUAAUUCCAGCAACAAUCAGGAAGGGUGUCAAUCUCCAUGCCAAUAUCAUGGAGUUCUUGUCAAAGAAGCCAAUAAAUGAAAUACAAAUCAUGCCAGAAAAUGAGGGACACUGGGCAAGUCUGCAGUCUGUUUUUCAAGCAGUUUCUGGUGUAGCAGCGUUAGAAGUUGAGGUCUUUCACUCUUAUCUGUUCUAUAGGGGCGUGUUUGACUGCAUUGGCCGUUACAAGUAAGAGUGUCUAAAAAUAUCCAUACAUUAUUUGCUUGAGAAAUCUUUGAAUGUUCAGAAUAAUUUAUUUUAUUAAUUGUAUAUAAUAAAUUAUAAUUAUAGUGGAAGAAAAGACAAAAGAAAUGGUAAAUAAUGAUCUUUUCCUUUGCAUUAAAUUUAGAGACCUUCUUUGCAUCAUUGACUGGAAGACUUCUAAAAAGAGUCGUCCACUCCUUAAGAAUACCUAUGAUGAUCCACUACAAAUAGUAGCAUACAUGGGAGCUAUCAACUCUAAUGACCGAUACACCCAAAAGGUCAGGGCAAGUCAGUUAUCAAUGAGUUUAUAAUAGGUUCUUUUGGUUCUUUGAAAGUAAAUGACUUUGAAUAUCAUAAAAAAUCAAUAAACAAUUUAAGUUGCAAAUCAUUAAAUUAAUUAUAUAUUGUUUUAUUUUACCAUAAGAUCUAUGCCAACCAUAUUUAAGAAUAAAGAUAAAAAAAGUCAUGAAAAAAAUUGAAGAAAAAUACAUUACUCCCCUCUGGUGUAUACCAAAAUAAGCAUCUACACAGUUUCUAAGCCUUUUCUAAUUAGAAAAAUGAUGGUCUUCUAUAUUUUAUCUUUUUACCAUCUUGUCUCAAUAUUUGAUCAGUUUGGUGAGGUUAACUAUGGUAUGAUAGUUGUGGCUUACACUGACGGCAGCCCUGCCCACAUCCACCUCAUGAACAGAACAACUUGUGAGGUGUAUUGGAAGGAUUGGACAGAUCGUCUCUACAACUUUUAUCAGUUAACAUACACAGAAAAGGUUGGAACAAAGAAAAUUUCUCAUGAGGGAUUUCCGAAGAAAAUUGAAAAAAUUGCUGCUUGAUUUUCAUCAAAAUGAUCUCUUGACAACUCAGAGCAAUUUUUUUAAAUUGUAAUAUUUCUUAAUAAGUUCAAAAGAAACGAUUAUGUUAGUAAAUUUAAGUCGUUUUAGGUUGUUGUUUUUUUAUAACGCAGACAUUUCAAAAAGUUGGGCAUUGUUAUUAAUGUUAAUCAUGUAAAUAAUUUAUACAUAAAAUGUACAUAGUGCCAGUACCUAGAAUUUCAGUUUAAAGUUAUUUAGAACUAAAAUUAUAUUCUCUUAUUCAUGCUAUGUGCAAUGUUGAUACAGUCUUAUUUUUCCAUUUUGAUCAAUUUUUACAUGACUGUAACUGUCUUUUACUUCCUUUGGCUCCUAUAUUGUUCCUUCAAUCACUACUCUAAACUUAUUCGUUUGCUAUAGGCUGGGUCUUCUCGAAUUUAAACAGCAUACAGUUUUAGAUUAUUUCAGAAUGUGACAAGCAUUUGUUCUUUUAAAACUUGGGCAUUAAAAGUAUCAUUUCAAACAGAUAAAAUAUUGACUUGUCUCACUUCAGACAUUGAUGGCAUUUUAUCAUUUUCACAUUUGUCAUCUUCUCAUUUUGUCUCAUAUUAUUGGACUUUCAGCUAUUACUUUCCUAAUCAUGACUGUUUUUUAUUUAAGUAAUGUAAUGGCAUUUAGGCGUUAAUAACAUAAUAGUCAUAUAAAUACCAGCAUUUAUUUGCAAUACAGAUAAUUAAGUAUGGUUUGUUCAUGUUUUUGGGGAGAGUUAAAAAAAUCAGGAAAGACAAAUAUUUUUCUUUGUUUAAGUCAACCUCCUCUAUUCUUUUGAUUUACAUGACUUUUAGCCGACAUAAAAUUACAGUUGAACCAAAAAUCUGCCGAAUUUGCUGACCUGAUAAAAAUAAUUCUUUGAAAAGACAAUAAGUUCCAUUUGAAGUUUGUUGUAUAUAUUAUUGGUAUAGUAUAGUAUUCUCAUUUCUUUACAAUUAUCACUCAGAGAAAUUAAUGUAUAUUCCAUAUUAUGGCCACUCAGUAGGUAAAGUAUUAAAAUAAAAAGAGAUUCUCAUUGUUUUAUAAUGAUAAACCUAUUCAUUAUCAUGGCUUAACUAAAUAUGUUUUGUGUCCUGUAAAGACCAUGAAUUAAUUAUCUGGUGAGUUUUAAAAAAAAAUAUUUUCAAUAGUUACGACCUUCUUUGAAUAAAUAAAAGACGUUCUAAAUAAAGGACUUUCACAUGUUGAAGUUUAAAAAAAAUUACACAUUUUUGUUUGAGAAAUAGUUUAUUUGAACAAGAUAAGGUAGGUCAAAAUAAAUUGCUGAAAUGUGAAGACAU